GACAACAGGCCUCCAGUGGGGACCAGGCACCCACCCACACACACACACACACACACACCAGCUUGUCACCCCAGCCCUUCCCCACCAGCCUGGGUUUUUACCUGGCAAACUCCAGGGAACAGUGAACAAGAAACCUGUCCCUUGUCAUGUCAGUGCUUGAACAUUAGGUGUAGGAAGGCACCAUGGAUCAUCCUUCAAGACUUGAAGAUAACCAGAGUCUCCUAGUCUGACCUCUGUAACAAGGGACAAGACUGAAUUCAGAAUAUCAUAGCAGAUACUACUUGUGUCUCUGGGUUUGUCAUUUUCCUUGGGCUGUGUCCUAUAGCAGGUGGUUCUGGAUGUGAUGAUCCAAGGGGAAGGUAAGAAAUCCAGGAAGCAGGAAGGUAGGCAAGAGGGAAGUCAUAAAAGAGGAUUGACUUUGGGUAGAGGCCCGUUUUCUCAAUUUGGGGAUGUUCUAGUAGCUUUAGUUGUCAUUGUAUGUUCAAAGUUUGAUAAAUGUCUGUUCAGGGGACAGCUCUCUUUAACUCCAGUAAUGAGGCUGGGGGAGGGGGGCUUAAAGGACCAGGAAGAGCACAGACCAUGCUCAUCAUUGCUUUCAGUGUGGGUGACUCGUAGAGUCUCUUUCUCCACAGUGGGGAGCACCCUGGUGUCCUCCAGGCUGAGGAGCUGUGUCUGUGCUGUCUCCAUGGAUUUCUUGUUUUCUCCUGUGCCCCCUCCAUCCUCAGGCCCAGCACCCACGCCAGCCUCCUUUCUUAGGACCAUCGUGGUGCUGUCCAGGGGAGGAGGGCCACACACAUCCUCCCUUGAAGGACACUCAGACCUUGUGCUUGCCAAUUCCCAGAUGCGUGUGAGCAGGAAGGGUCAGGCCUCGACUCCAGAGUCUCCUGUGUCUAGAUGCCAUGUGCCUUGGGACAAUAUUGACUUUGCCUAUCUGUUGGUGUACUUGACAAACAGAGUUUUAUUCAAGGCCACCUUGGCUCCGCCAGUCUGGUGGGUCCCGAGCUUGGUGGCCAUGCUCAGGGCAGACAGCUCCGGCUUCCAAGAAAGCCAGCCUUACACGAAGAUGUGGCCUCUCAGAUCAGGGGCCUCUGACCUCAUUUCCCAGCAAGGAGCCUGAGGUCUAAGGGAGCAAGCAUCUUCAUCACUCACACAGUCUCCCUGCCGCCCUCCCUGCUGGGCCGGGCCUCCCUGCAAGCCUCGUGGCCCCCGCUCGGUGCGGGCCUGCUGCUGCUGUUGCUGCUGCACAGCCUGCCCAGCCUCGGACCGCGCCGGCCUCCAGAAGUGAUAGCUAAUUGGGGAGAGAAAGAGCCCGAUUGUCUGCGGCAGCCGGAAAGGCCCGGAGGAGGCGGCCGCUUCGCCCUGCAGCUGCCGCCGCCGGAGAUGUUUGGGGAUUACGUCAGCCAGGCGGGCAGGGGCCGCGGGGACAGCGCGGGAGGCGGGCUCCCGCAGGCCUCCCGCCGCCAGGGCCUCUGGACAAUACUGCCAUUGUCGGUGCACGGAGUGCUUAGCUCCCCAUGAAUGGUGCACGGGCCUCUUGACCAAGGAGGCCGCCUGUAGCCCCAACUGUCCCCUCACAGGCAGGGAGGCCCUGUGCGGUGGGAAGGGCUGGUUGUGGACUGCACGGGCCUGUCCCUCAGAAGGGGCCACCGGCAGGCAGAACUGAGCUAAGGCCCCAGAGCGGUUGCUGCUGCUCCACCCUGUGUGGUGGCCUCCGGUCUCAGCAUGGUCUCCUGGCUUGGGGACGCUGCUGGCCCUGACCCACUCAUGGUCCUCUUGGUUGUCAUCCUCCUGGUGCGCUUCAUCCUGUGGUCCUGUCUGGGGACCUAUAUGGACUACAGACUGGCCAGGCCUCGCCCUGGCAAACCCAAGGAAGAGUGAGUGAGGGGGCCAGUGGAGACCAAGCCUGGAGGCUUGGUACUGUGACUACAUCCUCCCUCUGUGGGUGGGCCCACCUGUCCAUUGGGUGCCACAGAUGCUGCCAUGCAGUACACCUUUCACGCCACCUCACGGUCUCCACAGCGGCUGCCCCCACGAGUCCUCUAGCUUGGGUUAACCUCCCUAGCCCUUUACCAGUCAGGCAAGUAUGCAAGCCUUAUGUCCUACCCUCUGUGCAAAACCAGAAGGUGGACGAAAAGACAGGUUCAGAACCUGCUUGGACUAGUUAGGACUGUCCCCACUGAAGGAUGUCUGUCCACAUGGGCUGUUAAAGCAAUCAUCACCAGGUUCUAGAACCCUAUGGCAGUGUAUGCCCCAGGAAAUGUCUGGUCUUUCCCUACCACUAAUUCUUUAUAAGAGGCUGGGGUGAGCAAGGGUUGUAUGUGGCAGGUCAUGGGGACAGCCAUAACCAUUUACUCCCAAGGGGACAUCUACUGCCUUGACCAGUCACUGGAUGCAGGCAGAGAGCUGCCUCAGUUUCCCAGAGCAGACCUCAGGGACGUGUCUAGAGAUGGCUUUAUGAGAUGGAAUUCAAGCCCAUCUCUCCUUGGCCCUGAGACAACUCCUUACCUGUGGGGUCCUUAGUUCCCCACCUUGGUUUGUCACAAGAAUGAACCUAUGGUGAUGCAGUUCUCACAGAACUGUGUUGGCCUGAAAACUCACACUGGGAAGCUCAGGUGGCAUUGGAUAGGAGAGCUCACAGUUCCCACACAUGUUAAUACAUGCAAAUACAUGCAUCCCCCUGAGUGUGAGGGACCCAACACUGUGAGGAGGCGGGCUUAUGGGUCUCCCCAGUUCAGUGAUGGCAGUCAGUAAUCCCGUUUUCUCCUUGAGCCAGACCGUGUAGCAAGAUGUGUGUGCUCAGCGUUCGAGGCUGCAGUGUGGCAGUGCUGCAAUUUGGCAAGGACCGACUUCUGUUUUGCCCUCUUUGGCACAGAUUUAGGACUUCAUGGCUGCAAGAAGGCUGUGGCUACUCCAGGGACUUUACAUGACUUCCAUGUACAAAGAGACUGCACAAUAGAGAUGAAAAGCAGUGCCCUCAGGAACCCUGAAUUUUGCAUGUCGCAAUCCAAAAUGUUGUCAUAGUGUCUUAGCCUCCUCAUUGUUACUGUGAUACAUAUCACUCACGACAAAAGCAACUUAACUACUCCACUCACAGUUCCAGAUCAGUCCAUCACGGCUGAGAAGUCAUUGGGAUGAGUGUGAAGCAGCCACUACCUUUGUGCCUGAAGUUGGAAGAAGACAAUCAGCACAUGUCCCUCAUGGCCUCUGCCACUGGCCUGGGUCACUCAUUUCAGUUAUGGGCUUUUGGGGGACUGGUUUGAGUACUUGGCUGUCUCUGUGGCCCCCUUGGGCACAGGUUUUGUCUUUAUCUGAUGGCAGGCACAUCAAAAGCAGGCACCUUUCCUGGGUUUCUUGGGGCUCCUCAAAACUAUCUCAGUGAGCUGGGUGUCUUGCACAUGCUUGUGAGAGAAAGGCAGGAAGAUCAGAAGUUCAAGGGCUAUAUAAGACCUUGUCUCAAAAUGAAAAAGCAAACAAGAAAACCAAAAACAAAAGCUGCCUCCCCCCCCCCACAAAAGAAGUCCCAGUGAAAAGUUCCCAGAUGGGACUGAUGUGCCCCCUCUGCUCACGGCUGGCAGCCCCUGAUAGAGGCAGUGGCCACACAGGUGACAGUGAGUGGUUGGAAAUGGCAGUGGGUCUGUGGGGGCUUUUGUUACUGGACAUUUAGCAUUUCUCGGAAUCUGUGUGUUGGAAUCCUCAUCCUUGUGUGCUCAGCACCUGAAUUUGGAGGCAGGAUCUUGAAGGAGGUGAUGAAGGUAAAUGAGGUCACAUGGUCCCUAACCCCAAGAGACUGGUGUCCUCAGAGAAAGAAGAGAGACAUUAGGGCACAGCCUAUGUCAGACGCUGUCUGCAAGCCAAGAAGAGAGGCCUCAGGAGAAACCAGCCCUGCGACACUUCCUCUGUUGGACUUCUGGCCUCCAGCAGGUGAGGUCAUGCAGCAUGCAGUGUGCAGCCUAAGUCUCCCACUUGUGGUGGCCUGAGCUGGCUAACAGAUGAACAAUGGAGUCAGUCACCAAGCGUGCCCAGUCCAGGAGUCUCACAGCUGUGAUGUGGGCUCAGCACAGCACUGACCCACAGCUGGCUUGGGUCUGGGAGUCACAGACAAUGGACAGAAAGUUCUGGAAACAGAGUGUAGGUGCAUGGAGCUAUGGACCACUAAAAAUGUGACCAGUGCAAAUUUUGGACAGUGAGUGUGACCUUAAAGGCUGGGUGCUGAAGACUGUAAUGGCAUAUCAGAAAUGGCUUUAUAUGGGAUGGUAGGAAAAUGGUGGUGGUUUUGGACACAUUGAAAUAAAAUAUAAAAGUUAA